AUGUCUCAGCAUCUUCCUAUCUAUCUAUCUAUCUAUCUCUUUUCGUAUCUAUUUCUUCAUAUCUAUAUAUCUAUCUAUGUAUCUAUCCGUAUGUCUGUGUAUAUCUAUCUAUCUAUCUAUCUAUCUAUCUAUCUCUUCGUAUCUCUCUCUCUCUUUUCGUAUCUAUCUAUUUCUUCAUUUCUAUAUAUGUAUCUAUGUAUCUAUCGGUGUGUCUGUAUCUAUCUAUCUAUCUAUCUAUCUAUCUAUUUAUCUAUCUAUCUAUCUAUCUAUCUAUCUAUCUAUCUAUCUAUCUAUCUAUUCGUAUCUCUCUCUCUUUUCGUAUCUAUCCAUUUCUUCAUAUCUGUAUAUCUAUCUAUCUAUCUAUCUAUCUAUCUCUCUCUUCGUCUCUCUCUCUCUCUCUGUUUUUCGUGUCUAUCUAUCUAUCUAUCUAUCUAUCUAUCUAUCUGUUCUGGUCCAGGACCCAUGACACUAUCUAUCUAUCUAUCUAUCUAUCUAUCUAUCAAAGUCCAUUCCUAUCCCAGUUUCUUUUGUCUAUUGACGUAUCCUUGUAUGAAUCUAUCUAUCUACAAAAGCUUAGAUAUUUACCAGAAACCAGGCAAAAUGAUCCGAAAAAUAAAGGAAUUAAAAAGAAUUCUUUCACAAAAAAAUUAA